GCCACAUCUCAACACGCCGGAAGUGGUUAUCAUGGCAGCGCGAUGCGGUCGGCCCGCCAACAACGACUGGUUCCGUGCGCUCUUUGGCUUCCGCGAGCUUGACUAUGCAUACGACGACGUGCAGGGAAAGUUCGAGUUGCUAAACGACGCCACUGUGCUUCGCUCGACAGUGAAUGGCAAGGCAUACACGAUUGGGACGUUCGAGUGCAUGUCGUUGGGAGCGUUGCGAAGCGCUGGCCGCGACACCGCCGUGGGUGGCGAGACGACAGUACGACACGAAGCGUCCCGAGAUGUGUUCUUGGACCACUGCGACACCAACAACAAGGACGCGCUGUUUCAAGCGGCUUCCCAACUAAACUGCUUGGAAUUCAUGAGUCCGCGCUGCGUACGUGCAUCGUUUACGCGACACCACGGUGCUUACACGCCACGUAGGUGCCGGAACAAGGCGUAACACGAUAUAAUCGAGAUCUGACGCAGGGACCUGCAUGCGCUAUCGCGGCCGGUCCUGGCACGGUAUACCGCAACUACUUCGUUCCUGUGGGUGGCAGAACUGGCCAAACAGCCACCAGUCAAGUAAACAACCUGGACGACGUCCAAGCGAUGCUCGCCAACGACGUGCACAAGUACUUCGACGUCGUCAAUGGGUACACGGACUCGACGUCGCGCCAACUUGGCAAACUCAACACGACUGUCCUUUGUGACGACAGCAUGCGUGGCAAGCUCUCGGACGCCAUCAAAAUCGGCCUCCACUGGAACGUCCAAGUCCCGUUUGUGGCGCGGUACAUGCCUGUGGCGGCGACACGUCCCAUUCACUGUGUGUCGCAAGCGUACUGCUCGGCCAUUUCGGUCGGGUACUCGGCCGCCAGCGCACGAGACUGGGCUCCGUUUGCGAAACUCGUCCUGGAAGCAUCCUACGAAGCCACGUUGUGGGCAGGGGUCUUGAACUACCAACGCACGGGAUGCAACAAAGUGUUUUUGACCGCGGUGGGCGGUGGCGUGUUUGGCAAUGCGACGGAGUGGAUUGUGGACGCGAUUGCGUCGGCGGUCGCGGCAGUCGCACGCUGCGGGCUCGAUGUCGUCCUCGUCCAUUACCGACGCGUGGACGAGUCGUUCCAGCGUGAUCUGGCUGUUGCCUUGAAUCGAAAGGGUGCCGGUCACCUUUGACAAUGCGCUCGUGUGCACACCCACUCACAUAAGUGGCCCUGUCGAAUCUAUCGAUCUUUGAGCCGUCCAUCCGUUCCGAUGUCGGACGUAGUAGUGUAGUGUCCUUGCGUGCCCAGUGCAUUCCAAUUCGAGCUAACGUUAUUGUGGCAUCGCAAAGAUGCAGUGCUGGGGCGCGCCAAGAGGCGACUUCUCUGUCAUCCGGCCACUCAACUGCGGCAGGAAAUAUUUUCGAUGCACUGGCAUGCUCCUUCGCCGUGACUUGAACACACCACGGUCCAGCGCAGUCCGCGUCUCCCACAAUUUCUAUGCUCGCCUCACGGUCACUGCGUCCUGUCAUUCUAAUACAGCUAACAUUGGCGGUAACUCGGGGUCGGUGUAGUCGACAUCUUGAAAGAACACGCGAAGGAGGCGGCACGUGGCGUACACUUGGACUUGGACCGUGGCGGCAUGGCUUGUGCCGAAUGCAUCCUUGCACAUGCGGUGGACGUCGAGGCAGACGCGGCGCCAGGACCCUCCCUUUCCGAACGCCAGCGGCAUUUGACACGUCGACGCUUGCACACGAGCCAAGCUCCUCGAGUUUGUGAUGUGAAACGUGCGGUACGUCUUGGUGUUGUCGACGACUUCGAUGUCCAGCGCAAAGUACGCGUCCAGGUUGCGCACAAACAGCACGAGGAACUGCAUGACAUUGUGGCAACUGAAUACGACACGGGCGUCCGGCCCGCGCAGUUCCACGACAGGUUGGUGGACAUCGGGGUCGUCGACAACGUGCACAACGUUGUCACCGCCCAUUUGAUGGCAUUCGUCGUCGGCCAAGACGACGGCCGGAUGGAGGUCAAGGGGAAGCAGCUCCCCCGUGUCUCCUGGCGGGGCGGGCAGCAGCGGCUCGACCAGCUUAUCGUCCCAUUCUUCUGGUUCGAUGGCUGCCAUGAUGCGAGGGAGAAUCCGUUUCACCGACAAAACC